AGAUCUGACCAUUAUGCUUGUCUUGUGGACUUGCUUGGCCGAUCUGGUCAGGUCAAAGAGGCCUAUGAACUGAUCAAAACUAUGCCACCCAAUGUGAACAAGGUAGAUGCAUGGAGUAGCUUGCUUGGUGCAUGUAGGAUUCACCAGAGUGUAGAAAUUGGUGAAAUUGCAGCGAACCACUUGUUUGACUUGGAGCCAAAUGUAGCUAGCCAUUAUGUUCUAAUGUCUAACAUAUACUCCUCAGCUGGACUCUGGGACCAGGCCAUGGGAGUGCGGAAGAAAAUGAAGGAAAUGGGAGUAAGAAAAGAACCUGGUUGUAGUUGGAUUGAGCAUGGUGAUGAGGUUCAUAAAUUUUUGGCAGGGGAUGGUUCACACCCACAAAGUAAAGAACUCCACGAGUAUCUUGAAAAUCUGU